UGGGACCACACAAGUGUCUGGCAGUGUGGGCUGGAGCCUUGUCACUGAGGCAGAGCCAUUUCUGGGCCCGAGGCAGCUGCUCCAUGCUCUGCUGAACACAGUACCAUGCUUCCACACUUCCUUCUGCUCCUGACCAUCUUGGGCCCUGGCAACAGCCUUCAGCCUUGGGACACCCAGGAGCAUGAAACCAAGGAAGCCUCAGACCCAGGCCAUCUCCGGGAACGAAGACAGGUGGUUGGGGAUGAUGAUUUUGAGGAUUCAGAUGACUAUCACGAAGAAAACACAGACCCCCCUGAAAUUAUAAACAUCACCAGCACGGUGUCUGCUCACCCUGAGUCUCUGAUCACCCUGGCCAUGCUAGAGCAGAGGGAGUCCAAGGGGGCUGGAACCUCUGAACCAGCCACUUCGCACAUUGCCACCACCCGCCUUGCUGGCCCAGACACAGGAGGGCCAACUGUUGGGGUGCUGAGCACAGAAUCUCACACACAGUGGAGGCCAACCACAGUGUACGUGACCAGGCAGCCAGCACUGAUGGAGGCAGAGACCUCACAGCCAGCACCCAGGAAGGCAGAGACCCCGCAGCCAGCACCCACAGAGUCAGAGACAUCACAGCCAGCACCCACGGAGGCAGAGACAUCACAGCCAGCACUCAUGGAGGCAGAGACCCCACAGCCAGUACCCAGGGAGGCAGAGACCCCGAAGCCAGCACCCAGGGAGGCAGAGACCUCACACCCAGCACCUAUGGAGGCAGAGACCUCACACCCAGCACCUAUGGAGGCAGAGACCUCACACCCAGCACCUAUGGAAGCAGAGACCUCACACCCAGCACCCAUGGAGGCAGAGACCUCGAAGCUUCCCAGGAAUCAGGUUAUAGAAAGCCUGUUUGCAAAGUCCACAGCCACAGAAGCCCCUUCUGCACAGCCCAUUGCCACCAACACCACAGCCACAGAGUCUAAUGACUCUACCAACUUCCUUGGCUCAUCUGUGACUCACAGCGACAAUAAUGUGUCCACCGGCCACUUGCCUGACACCGGCCUGAAGAAAGGUCUGAUUGUGACCCCUUCCAGUUCUCUGGUCCCCACCCCGCCAGGGACCUCGGACCUCAUCCCCGUGAGGCAAUGCCUACUGGCCAUCCUCAUCUUAGCUUCCCUGGCUACCAUCUUCCUCGUGUGCACGGUGGUGCUGGCGGUCCGCCUGUCCCGAAAGAACCACAUGUAUCCAGUGAGGAACUACUCCCCCACUGAGAUGAUCUGCAUCUCAUCCCUGCUGCCUGAGGGGGGCGAAGGGGCCCCUGUCACGGCCAAUGGGGGCCUGUCCAAGGCCCAGGACCUGAAGACAGAGCCGGGUGAGGCCAGGGAUGGUGAUGACCUCACCCUGCACAGCUUCCUCCCUUAGCCAGCCCUCCAUGCCCAUCCCACCAAGGCCACAGAUCUGGGCUUCCUGGGUGAAACCCAUCCACAGGGGUCUUUAGGGAAGAGACCUCAGACCAAUCAGGGCUCCCUGAGCCCCCAAGGUCCUUCGGUUACUGCUUCAUUCAUGGGGUCUGGUGACCUCCACGCCCAGGACAAUUAGAGUGACCACUCUCCACCUGUCCUCUGUUUUUUCUGGAAUCCCUCCCCCCAGUGCCUCCCACUGCCUGGAGCCUUCCUGCAGGGUGGCUGGAGUCCUGUCCUCAGGACGGAGUUCCCUUACCCCCCUCCCAAAGCCAUUCUCAUGGUUGCCUAUUGCAGGGGGAGGGCAAGGGGGGGGCUCUUUCUAAACCACCUGUAAUUCCAGCCCUCAGGGAGGCAGAGGCAGGCGGAUCUCUGUGAGUUCAAGGUCAGCCUGGUCUACAAAGCGAGUCCAGGAUAGCCAAGGUAAACAGAGAAACCCUGACUCAAAAAAAAGAAAGAAAGAAAGAAAGAAAAGAAAGGAAGAAGAAAAGAGAAAAGCAUACUGAGGGGUCUGCCAGACAGCAGCGUUUCCCAAGCCCAUGUCUGAGCCUCUACCCGGUGAGGAGCAGCUUGGCUUUCCCAGGCACCUGGUGUGGAAGCAUAGUCCUUCAUUUGGGUCUGUGUGAACCCAUGAGCUUCUGCCUGGUCACUCUGUGGCCUGGCACAGCACAGGCCCUCAAUAAAUGUCAGUUCCAAAUGGUGGCUGCGUCCUGCACGUGCCUAGGCUGCCGUUCCCAGGCAGUUUUCCCAAAGGGCUCUUAGACCAAUGUCCGUGUCGCUCUUAGACAAUAGAGACUUUCAGUACAUCCGUGGGCAACUGCAAGGGGGAAACUGAGGGCUUAAGCUAGAUGGGGUAGCUCACACCUAUGAUCCCAGCACUAGAGAGGUCAAGACCCUCUGUCAGAGGUUGUUCUGAUGCUUGUGCUUUAAUGCUGGCCCUCAGGAUCUGGUGACUGCCCGGAUACACCUGUCCUUGUUGAGUAAACCUGCCUAAGACAUUACACCUGAUUGGUUGAUUAAAGGCCUAAAACCUGGGCAGGGCAGAAUGGGGUAGGAUGGCUAAGCUUCCCAGGCUUUGGGUUCAAGAGAAUCAUGGGAAAGAGACGGCCAGGAAGAGAGGAGGAAGGGGGACGCCACCUGGGUUAGCGUGGAGAAGAAACCAUGUGGGCUGGGAGGAAGGGCUUCAAUAAUGGCAUUAAAAGGCCCAGAUGAAGAAUAAAGCAAGUGUCAUAAGAUUAUGGAUGGAAGACAGCCCAGAUGCAGACAGUUAAGGAGGAUGGCAUUGGAUGAGGGCUGGGAGGUGGAUGGUGAGGUUAUCGACACAGUGUAGGUGAAAUACCUGCCCAGCCCAAGGUAAACAGGCAAUUAGAAAAAUCUAACAAGUACCUGUGUCUUAUUAUUUGAUAGUGGGUUAAAUAAUACAGCCACAAUAAUUAUAGGGCUAAUAAUAAAUAGCAUUAUAUAGCCCAAAACUCAUUUUUUUUUUUUAUUUACAACAACAACCAUCCUUGGGCACACAGCAAGUUUGAGACUAGCCUGGGCUACAUGAGACCCCGUCUCAAAGAA